CUCUUCACCCAUCAGCUGGAAAUGUUUUCCAGGCUGUUUUUAGUGUUCUCCUUUCACCCAUCAGCAGCACUCUGGGUUUCUCUGGAAUCAAUCUCAAGUCAGGGUCGUGCUCCUCUUUCCAGACCCUUCCCAGUGCUGCUUCCAGUUGGGAAUCCCAGCAGGGGAAGGAUGUGGAGCUGCUGGGGAGAGUCCAGGGGAUCAGAGGGAAUAAAGGCUGGGAGAUUUGGGGUUGUUUACCUGCAGAGGAGAAGCUUUGGGGUGACCUCAUUGUCAUUUUUCCAAUGUUUGCAGGGAGACAGGUGGGGAGGAACUUCCCAAUGGCCUGGAGUGACAGGACAAGGGGGGAAUGGCUUCAAAGUGUCAGGGAGUGGCUUUGGGCUGGAUGUUGGGGUGAAAUCCCUCCUUGUGAGGGUGGGCAGGCCCUGGCACAGGUGCCCAGAGCAGUUGUGGCUGCCCCUGCAUUCCUGGCAGUGCCCUAGGCCAGGCUGGAUGGGGCUUGAAGCACCUUGGGAUACUGGAAGGUGUUGGAAUGGGGGGAUGAGAUGAUUUUUAAAGUCCCUUCCAACCCAAAGCUGGGAUUCAGAAUUCUGGGAUUCUCUCACUGCAGCAGAGCCCUUCAACACAACAACAAAGGCUCUUUGUUGCCACCUCUCAAAGCCCAAGUGCCUCAUUUGCACUCUGCGCUGUCAUUUAGAAAACCCAGAGUUAUUUUGAGCCCUGAAUUGUCCCUGGUGCUGUCAGCAGGGCCACACUCACAAAACGUGCACAGCUUUCAGGUCACCCUGUGCUGGCCUGGAGCUGCCAGCAUUCCCUUGGAAUUUGUCAUUCCCUCUUCACAUCCUGCUGCUCCUGGCUCCCAGGCAAUUGUGGGGAUUCAGAGAAGCCACAGGAGUGAGAGAUGAUUGCAGGAAUCCCAUGGGAGGGGAGCUGGGAAGGUGACUGACACCCCACAACAUUUUUGGCAUCUCACUGGUGUUCAAAAGUGGAGCUGGAGGAAGAAAAUGUUGGGGCUUCAAAGCUGUUGGAUGUAAAUGUCAGUAGUUUUUCUUCUCAGUUCUGGAUUGCUCUCACACUGGAGCUGCAAACAGCAUUUUUUGCCUCGAAGAAGUCCAAGAAGGGAGCAUGGACCAGCCCAGUGGAAGGAGUUUCAUGCAAGUUCUGUGUGAGAAAUACAGCCCUGAGAACUUCCCCUACCGCCGGGGGCCUGGCAUGGGGGUGCACGUCCCAGCCACCCCACAGGGCUCCCCUAUGAAAGACCGCCUGAACCUGCCCAGUGUGCUGGUGCUCAACAGCUGUGGCAUCACCUGUGCCGGGGACGAGAACGAGAUCGCCGCCUUCUGCGCCCACGUCUUCGAGCUCGACCUCUCUGACAACAAACUGGAAGACUGGCACGAGGUCAGUAAAAUUGUGUCCAACGUUCCCCACUUGGAGUUUCUAAACCUGAGUUCCAACCCUCUCAGUUUGUCCGUUCUAGAGAGAAGUUGCGCUGGGUCUUUCGCUGGCGUCCGCAAACUUGUGCUCAACAACAGCAAAGCUUCCUGGGAAACAGUGCACACCAUCCUGCAGGAAUUGCCUGACUUGGAGGAACUCUUCCUGUGCCUUAAUGACUAUGAAACAGUGUCUUGUUCUCCAGUUUGCUGUCAGUCUCUCAAGCUCCUCCACAUAACUGACAACAAUCUUCAAGACUGGACUGAAAUUCGAAAGUUGGGAAUUAUGUUUCCAUCCCUGGACACACUUAUCCUGGCUAACAACAACCUCACCACCAUCGAAGAGUCAGAAGAUUCCCUGGCAAGGCUCUUCCCCAACCUAAGAUCCAUCAACUUGCACAAGUCAGGUCUGCAUUGCUGGGAAGACAUUGACAAGUUAAAUUCUUUCCCGAAGCUCGAGGAAGUGAAAUUGCUGGGAAUUCCUCUGCUGCAGUCUUACACCACCGAGGAACGCAGGAAGCUGCUAAUAGCCAGGUUGCCAUCCAUCACCAAGCUCAACGGCAGCAUCGUGGCCGACGGCGAGCGCGAGGACUCGGAGCGAUUCUUCAUCCGCUACUACAUGGAGUUCCCUGAGGAGGAGGUCCCCUUCAGGUAUCACGAGCUGGUGACCAAGUACGGGAAGCUGGAGCCCUUGGCAGUGGUGGAUCUGCGGCCUCAGAGCAGCGCCAAGGUGGAGGUUCACUUCCAGGACAAGGUGGAGGAGAUGUCCAUCCGUCUCGACCAGACUGUGGCAGAGCUGAAGAAGCACUUAAAAACUGUGGUGCAGCUGUCAACAAGCAACAUGCUGCUCUUCUACUUGGACCAGGAAGCUCCUUUUGGUCCCGAGGAGAUGAAAUACAGCUCGCGGGCGCUGCAUUCCUACGGCAUCCGGGAUGGGGAUAAAAUUUACGUGGAGCCCAGAAUGAAAUAGCCUUUUUGCCCACACCCACACGCCCCCACACACCCACACACAUGCAUUGAGGAGUUUGUUGCAAGGUUUUUAUUUCGGUUGGUUGGUUGAGGUUUGGUUGUGUUUCUGUAGCAGGUAAUUUCUUAGCCCGGAGGAAGUGCCCUGAUGUGAGAACCAUGCCCACCAUCCACUGCAGGUGACCUUGAGGUGACAAUUGACUUCAGGACGUGUGUUUCAGUGUGGGCAAUACCUUGAUGUUUCCUUUGAUGCUCCGGUAUACUCGUGAUUUGGCAUGAAUGGUCAGUUGUUCAAGCUAAACAAUGCCAGGGUCCAUAAGGGAGGAGACAGCUCGGUGCAGAUUUUGACCUGUUGUUUUCUUUUCCUGAAUUUUUUGGUGUUUUGCUCCACCAGAUCUCCCUUUGGCCUAGCUAUCCAACUGUGGCUCGAGCUUGCUGUAGUAUUUUCUUGCAGCUUGGUGCUGUCUCAACCUUUUGUUGUGCUCGAGUUCACAGGAAAGAUCUCCAUCAGUAUUCUGCUUGAUUCAGAGCUCAGGUACUUUAGUGCAUCCACUUCACUCCACUGGUUUGCUUUCUGUGAGUGCACAACAUGGGGGAAAGAAAAGAACUUCCCAGAAAGAAACUUUCUUUUCAAAGUGCACGCUCUAUAUCCACCUGAUUUUGGAGGGAAAAAAAGAGGUUUUGGCUGCUGUACUCAUCUCACACGGUGCCUGCAGCCUGUGGGGAUAAAGGAUGUGUUGGAAAGUGAAUUUUGGGAGGUGGUGGAUGAGCGCUGCAUUGGAAGGGCUUUUUGAACAGCAGGUCAACAAGGGGUUGAAGAGCAGCUUCCCCUGUUGUCCAUCCUGAUGCUGAAGAGAUCCUCCAUGCACUUCACUUUGUACCAGUGGGUGCUGCAAGUGGAAUGGCUAAAAUCCCUCUCCUGGGAGAGAGGAAGAGUCAAGUUGAAGUUUGUGUUUGUUGCUGUUGCACCAGUUCAAACCUAGCACUUUGCCCGGGACCCCUGCCCGGGGGUCCCUGCGUAGGGUCCGGACUCGGAGGAGGUGUUGGCUUGGAUCAGCCCCUGCAGGUGGAGGAACAAAGCAGCUGGGCCCACGAUGGGUGUUCAGCAGGACUCAAUGCUGGGUGUUCAGCAGUUUUCACUCCAACAAAGCUGCUGGACCCACAUUGAGUGUUCAGCAGGGCCCACGUUGGGUGUUCAGCUGGACCCAUGUUGGGUGUUCAGCAAGUUUUACUCCAACAAAGCUGCUGGACUCACACUGGGUGUUCAGCAAGGUUCACUGAACAAAGCAGCUGGACCCGUGCUGGGUGUUCAGCUGGACCCAUGUUGGGUGUUCAGCAGGUUUCAUUCAAAAAAACCAGCUGGACCCACAUUGGAUGCUCAGCAGAACCCAUGUUGGGUGUUCAGCAGUUUUCACUCCAACAAAGUUGCUGGACCCAUGCUGCGUGUUCAGCAGGGUUCACUGAACCAAGCAGCUGAACCCAUGCUGGAUGUUCAGCUGGACCCAUGUUGGGUGUUCAGCAAGUUUUACUC